AUGAGCUCGGAAUUUUGGCAAUUAUUUAAAGUGCUCACUCCAAUUCAACGUGCCUUUCUUGUCACGUCCUUGUUGCACAACUCGCUGGGAUUAUUUGAAUGUCUUGUGAUUUGGCGAACUAAAUUUGCGUCCACAAAUACUGUUGUGUUCUAUCUGACUAGUGCUUUGGUGGCACUGACUCAAGCUAUGAUUGAGAUUCACGUCCAGGCUACGGCACCUUACUUCCUGUCCGUAUUUGUGGUAAUAUUUUUGGCCAACUGUUUCUAUUUGCUGGUCUGUUUACUCAACACAAAAGACAAACACACCAGUUGGGUGUGUACAACAUUUCUCGUACUUGUCUAUGGGAUAUUCUACGCUGUGCACACUGGUGCCCUCAAUGUGGGGAAUAAGAGUGAGUUUCUCCGAGUGCUCUUAUUCGCCACAAUAUUGGCCAAUAAUUUUGUCCCGUUCGAUUCACUGCUGGCUCUGGUCACCAAUCGGAAUCGUCAAUGUCCACCGCAAUGGGUCCCAUUGACCACUGGCUUGUUACAAUCCACAUUUGGUGGAUUGCAUCGACAUCGGAUGCUUGAGACGUUAAUAGCCCCGGCCGAUGCCUUGGGUGUGGCCGUGCACUUGUUUGGAUUAGUGGUCGAAAUGCAAUCACACUAUCUACGGCAAUAA